AUGGCAUUCGGAAUUCUCCUUGCUCUUUCCUUCGUCGCCUCAUCAAUCCUUGGCGGCGAAACAGCUACAUUCACAAUCACAAACAACUGCCCCUACACCAUCUGGCCGGCCACACUGACCAGCAGUGGACCUGCCAUCUCAUCCUCAGGCUUCGCCCUAGCUUCCCACACUUCCAACGCCCUCAACGCGCAAGCCUCCUGGUCAGGCAGAAUCUGGGCCAGAUCCUUCUGCAACGACGCAGGCACAUCCUGCAGCACAGGGGACUGUGGCAACCUCCAAUGCGGGUCCGGGGGAGCCCCACCCGCCACCCUAAUCGAAUUCACCUUAAACGGAGACGGAGGGAAGGACUUCUACGACGUGAGCCUCGUAGAUGGCUUCAACCUCCCUGUUAAUGUGGUUCCAGGGGGAGGCUGCCCGCAAACAAGCUGCCCUGUGGAUGUGAACGCUGAUUGCCCGGGUGAUCUAGCAGUCAAGGAUCAGAGUGGCGCAACAAUCGGGUGCAAGAGUGCUUGUGUAGCGUUCAAUCAGCCGCAGUAUUGUUGCACUGGUGACCAUGGUACGCCUGACACGUGUCCCCCGACAGAUUACUCUAAGUACUUCAAGGGGAAGUGUCCACAGGCUUAUAGCUAUGCGUAUGAUGAUAAGUCUAGCACCUUUACUUGUCCUACUGGACCUGACUAUGCGAUCACUUUCUGCCCUUGA